AUCACUUGCACCUUACCGUCAAUCGAACCUCGCAAACGAGCAUCAAGGUAGAUGGUAGAUGGUACCGCAGGUGAGUGGAGAGAGAAUGCAAGGCAAAGCGGCACCGCGAGCCCACCAGACCAGCUAAAAACACUCAGUUCGAUCGCAUACACCUCUGGCACACCAUCACCACGCGUACCACCUUUACAAGCAAUGACAUUUACUCUGUGACGACGGCCAGCAAUUUCACUUUCUCACAACGUACAGUGUCGACCUGUUUUGUGUUUGGUUUAGUUAAUUAGUGACAGGUUCUACGUUAAAAACACCAUUAUGUUUAGUAAAGUGCUGUGUUUUUCCGCCUUAUUGGCACUUACGACGGCUAAAGUGUCCCCAAAGGUGAAAUGCACGGCCGAGCAGAUGCGCGUCGAGGUGCCGGUGGCGGCGAAUACGCGCGCCGUCUACAUCGAGGGCCUCAGGGACUACCCGGACCCGGCUUGCAGGCCGCACACCGACCCCACCGGCACCUUGGCGGUCCUGGAGUUGGACCUGAGGGACGUCUACAGGUGCGCCGUCACCAGGAUGGUUAACAAGCAAACGGGAAAGCAAAUAUUCUACCAGACUCUCGUGAUAGAGAACGUGGAGCCCUCGGCGGACGGAAGUCAGCUACAGCAAAAGGAAACGCGCGAGACGCUGCAUGUAAAGUGUUCCAUAUACUCCAUGAGAAAUCACACAAUAACCAGGAGGAACGUGCUGCCUGCCGGAUUUCAGGAACCAGAGGAAUUCGAGUUUACCACCAAUUUGGAAUACAAAGCCCCAGAACCGAUCCUAGGUGUUGGUGUACGUCAAGCUGGAAAGUUGGUAACUGGAGAACUAAAUGUCUCCCCGGGGACACCCCUGCAAAUGGAAAUUUUCCUGGACAAAACUUCGGCACCCAUUUAUGGACUUUUGGUUACCCAUAUGCAAGUUACAGAUACCAAGGCUCAAGAAGAAACUAUUAUUUAUAAUGGCUGCUCGGUCGAUCCCUACUUGUUCGAGAACUUCAACACUGUCGACGGCGACUUUUUGGCCGCCAAAUUUCGGGCCUUCAAAUUCCCCGAGUCCACCUACGUCCAGUUCAAGGGAACCGUCAACGUUUGCCUUGACAAGUGCAAAGGGAUCGAAUGCAGUGACGGCCAAACUGGCUACGGCCGCAGACGUCGUGCAAUCUCCACCUUACCAGCCGACCCCAACAAAAUCUUCGAAAUAACAAUCACCAGUUUCAUCAAAGUCAACUACGACGAGGACGGGGAGAACUUCGAGGAAGUCAUCAAGAACCAAACGAAAAUCUACAACAACAAAAAACUGAUAGUCGGCAACCAAAUGACAGACGACAAACGAUUCUACAAAACAAUCGACGACCACCAACAACAGCUAGUGGGCGAAUUGAAGGAAGAAAAGAAAUACACCUCCAUAGUAGCGGAAAAUUCUGCUUCCACUUUGUCGACUCUUUCUGUGGCUCAAUUAGCUGUAAUUUUGUCCAUAGCGUACAGAUUAAUUUUGUAAAUAUUUAGAAAUGUAGUGCAGCAAAAUUUAUGAAGAUAACUGUACAUAAGUCUGUGAUAAUAACGAAUACAUCAACAAGUUUAGAUGAUCCUUUGUAAAAACUGCACUUUCCACUCUCUAUCGAUUUAUAUGUAAUUUUUUUAUUGGCGUCAUAUAUGUAAAAGUCAUUAUAAGGUUAAGUUUGAUUUGAAAUGUUUACACUUGAGUGGCAUUUUUUAUUGGUUUAGUGCCUUUAUUUUCUAUAAAAAGUAAAGUCGCCAAUUUAGUGUCAUUUAAGAACAAAUUUUAUUUUUAACCAUUUAUCCUUAAAAUAUUAAUAAACAAU